AUGCUGCGGUGGCUGAUUGGCGGCGGCCGCGAGCCGCAGGGCCUGGCGGAGAAAUCAUCGAUACAGACAAUUGGUGAAGAACAAAUACAGAAUCCUUAUACGGAGCUCCUUGUGUUGAAAGGUCAUCAAGAUAUAGUACGAUUUCUAGUGCAGAUAGAUGAUUGCAGAUUUGCAUCUGCAGGAGAUGAUGGAAUUGUAUUUCUGUGGAAUGCUCAGACUGGAGAAAAGCUUCUUGAACUUCAUGGACACACACACAAAAUUACAGCUAUAGCACCAUUUUCUUCAUCGGAUGCUUCUGAAGAAAAAAAACAUUUAAUUUUAACAGCGUCAGCUGACAGAACAGUUAUUGUUUGGGACUGCACUACAGGUAGACAGGUUCAGAAAGUGUCAUGUUUCCAUUAUACUGUAAAGUGUUUGACAGUUCUUCAAAGACUGGAUGUAUGGUUGUCUGGAGGGAGUGAUCUAUGUGUUUGGAACCGAAAAUCAGAUCUCUUGUGUAAGACUAGUCAUCUUACUGAUGCAGGUAUCAGUGCUUUGGUUGAGUUGCCUAAAAAUUGUGUUGCAACAGCUGUUGGCAAAGAGCUAAUAAUUUUUAGGUUGAUUCCUUCUGAUGAUGAGUCCGAAGGCUGGAAUGUCCAUGAAGUAAAACGCCUUGUUGACCAUCAGGAUAAUAUUUUGUCAUUAGUCAGUGUCAAUGACUUGACUUUUGUGACAGGCUCUCAUGUGGGAGAGUUAAUAGUUUGGGAUGCACUUGACUGGACAAAGCAGGCAUCUGAGUGCAACUUCUGGGAUUCUGCUGUCCAUCCAGAUGUACAGCCAGAAAUAAAGUUAUCUCAAAGCCCAAAUGAAACUUCAGUUCAACACUUAACAUGUGAUGAAGAGUGUGUGUUUGCUGCUGUUGGGAAAGGCAUAUAUGUAUAUAAUCUUCAAAUGAAGCGUGUAAUUGCCUGCCAGAGAAAUGCUCACGACUCCUCUGUACUGCACAUUGAGAAGCUUCCAAACAGGCAGCUGAUCUCCUGUUCAGAAGACGGCAGUGUGCGUAUCUGGGAGCUCCGAGAAAAGCAGCAGCUACCAGCUGAACCAGUUCCAACAGGUUUUUUCAACAUGUGGGGAUUUGGAAGAGCAAACCGUCAGACAAACCAAGUUGCUAAGAAGGUGCAAGAGAAUACACCUACGUAUCUCCUUGAGCUAGUUGGUGAUUUAAUUGGUCAUUCGUCAGCUGUGCAGAUGUUCCUGUACUUUGGUGAGCUAGGCCUGGCUACAUGCUCUGCUGACCACCUCAUUAUUUUGUGGAAGGAUGGUGAACGAGAAUCUCGACUCCGCAGUUUAACACUAUUUCAAAAACUGGCACAAAAUGGUAAUUUGCAGCUCAGAUUUUAAACUGCUUGAAUACAGGCUGCAUUAUACAUAAACCUCUCUGUGCUUGUGUGUGUUAAAUGUGAAUGCAAAGGAGUGUCUGAGUAACUGAGUAACAUGUCACAUGUUCUGGAAUUGGAAUUUUUAUUAGUUGCUACUACUCUUCCCAAAGGAGAAUUUUGCAUGUUGAAAUUUACUUGGCUUGCUCUGUCAGCAGAAAUUACAUUCUCUUCGAAAGACUGAAGAUAAUGAUAAUUCAUUAAAUGGUGUCUAAUACUAUUUUAUGUUUAAAAACAGCAGGGGUGGGAGUCAAAAUAAAGUUAAGUGAAAAUCCUUAGAUGGAUCAUAACUACAGCAGUUGGGGGAAUUCCAGAGUGUGAGGUGUAGAAAGAAGACACAAGAAAAAUCUGAGGCUUCCUGUUUUGUGUAACUUAUUUAUUGAAGCUAAACUUUAGACACGUGAUGGCUCAAAUUUACAUAUCUACCAAAAAACGCAAAGGAAACAGUUCUCAAUAGAAUUUCUGUAUUUGAAGUUACUAUUCUGCAUCAAGGGUAAGAGUGAGAGGGGAAAAAAAAGUGGGCAAUACCUGUUUGUUGGGUUUUAAUUCUUGGCAAAGCUACUCGCAGUAGCUGCAGUUUUUCUGUGGCUUAACCUAUGCUACUUGAGUUUGUACAGCACUGUUACCAUCAAGUGUGACUGGUUUAGUCUUUCCAUAUUGCAUUCAUCAAAUCAGUUUCUAUUGA